AGUCGUGACGUAAUUUCCGACCGGAUCUUCCGUUAUUAUGUUGCAUUAAGGCGCUAAGUUUGAAGCUGUGUGUGUUUAUAAAGUUUCUUCACUUUGUCACGUGUGAAAACACGCACAAACUCCUGGAUCGUGUGUUUGGUGUGUGUUUGCAGCUCCAGCAGGUAACAGUUAGCUGGAUUAGCGAAGCUAAUGGAGCCUGAGGUGAUUGUGCUGAGUGACGAUGACGAUGACGAUGCAGGAGGUGACCACACGGGGGCGCUCGACAACUCUAUUCUUAUAGUGGAAGACGACGACAGCAGUAAAGAAGCGACCAGUGAAACCACUGAAAUUCUGGAUGAUGACGUGACCAUAACUUUCUCUCGGAAAGCGAGCGUUCUGCCUCACGCCAGAUACGACUGCACCGUGUCUUUCAGCUUUACAGACUCGAACAUCUCGGAGCCUGAGAACAUUAAUGCAGCGUACUGUGAGCAGUGUUUCUGUUAUAUCUGUGACCACCCGGCCUCACAGUGCGAGUUCUGGAUCGUUCCCGGGUUUUAUCAUUGUAAUGCUCACAAACACAGCGUUUACUGGAAAUCUCUCCGUGACAAAAGGAUCAUGGGAUAUCUACACGAGCUCAAAUUCACCUUUAACCCGGCGGAUAUGGAUUCGGAGCUCCGGCAUGCUGAAACCUCCCUGCAGGAGUUUGCACACAGCUUGGCACUGAAGUAUGGCACUUUCUUGAUGGCGAUGGCGAACCCGAGCCGACAACCAGCCUGCGCUUGUCCGUGUCAUUCCACCAAUAGGAGGGCAGCAGAGAUCAGCUUGGCCAAUGGGAGUGCAGUAGGAUGUGCGAGGUGCUACAUUGAGCACCAGAAAUUUGUUCUGUAUGACUACACCCCUGUGAUGGAGUUCAUACACACUUUUCUCGAUGACACAAUUAAGGGGAAUCCAAAGAGCAGCUCUGUCCUGGUGCUCGGGGCCAUCAAACUGUUCAUCACACACGCUGCACCUGGAACCCUACAUGCCCUGGCGAUUUCACACGUCCUGCUGGAACUGUUUUGGAGAGCCAUGUCAAUGGUGCAGGUUUUCUUAGUCGAUGCCGACUUUCCCACCUCCUUCGUCAAGCAACUGCAGGACUUCUUCCAGAUUCUUCCGCUUCCUCCUGACUUCAGGAAAUUCAGAAACGGCCUGAACGUGCUUCCCUGGGACGACCCUUUGCUCUCAGCGGUGCUGAAGGGGCAGAACAUCACCGGGGUGAGGCACGUCAAAGGCAGACGCCCGGAGACGCUGGAGGAAGAACUGGUGGUGGUCAGAACCCGGGUUCUUAAACUCCAGCAGCAGAACAGGUAUCGUGAGCUGGCUCGCUACCUCAGAGUGGUGAAAAGUGACAACGCUGCUAAGCUGCAGAUGAUGAGAGACUGGGUUCCACUUUACUUGUGCAAGGUUGGUGAUUAUGCCGGUGCGGCCGACUCUUUGCUCAGCCCCAUGUACAACUCCUCGUGCCCUGCCUCUAGGCUUAGCCCUGCCCAGUUUGGUGCCUACCUCAGAAUAUUCAUGUUUGGCCACGCCCCCAACGGAAUACCACACCCACCUCAAGUCGAGUUCAUUCCUCAUGUUCAAAACGUCCACACGGUCCAGAUGGAUCCUUUAUUAAGCAGCACAUGGACAACAAUUGAAGGAGGAUCCAACCUUCUGAAAAGCCAAGAGGUGAUAAAGUUUGCGCUUCGUGUCCUGAACUGUAACAGCGCAGUGUUUACACACGCUGAAAGCUGGAUAAAAGUCCUGAAAUUUGCCAACCAGUCGUCUUGCGGUCCAGAGGGCUCCUGUUUACCGGAACCCGACUACAGCUUCCUUAUCAGGACCAGGGACACCGCCACAGGAAUCCUCUGUGAGCUCCAUCGUACUUCCAGGAUCCAGAUUCCCAAAAGCUUUCAAAAAGGAUAUCCAGACCAGGCGCUGUUACUCUUAACCACUCAGGCUUUAGCAGAGCGUCUUCUACACACACGACUCAAACCCAUCCUCACCGUCAUACUGACCUUCAAGUCAAACCCCUGGGUGAUGCGCUGGCUCUUCAGCAGUCUAAUGGUGAAGCCACAGAUGCUUCAGGAUUUGUUCCACGUGACUCUGGAGGAACUGUUGGACGUACAGAGCAGAUCCGUCUUGCGAAUCCAGGACACGGCCGAGCAGUUCUUCAUCGCGAGCUUCCUCUGCCUGUUCUUCCUGGAGCCCAGCGUACUUCUCCAUCCUAACACUUAUCCCAUUACUGAUCUGCUGGCUCAGUGGAACGAGUUUGACAACCCGUGGCAGUUUCAUCUCAGACGAAUGCUCGAAGCCAAUGGGUCGAGUCUGAGUGUGGAGAAGCAGCAAAUCCUCAUGCAGAUGAAUCAGUGGGGUCUGCAUCAGUAGAGAGUCUGUGUGCGUGCGCGUGUGUCUGUGUGUGUGUGUGUGUGUGUGUGUGCGACAGUGCGGUCAGUCAGAAGUGAUCAGAGGUUACAGUUAUAAGACUGUUUAUUUUAAGACAACAGUCAUGUUUCUAAUGUUUGUUUGUACAGUUUAUAGUUUGUAAAAAAAGAUGUAAUAAAAGUUUUGUUGACUAUCA